AUGGCCACGAUUAAGAAAAGGAAGUACGAUGAAGACUACAUUAAAUAUAGUUUCACCAUCAUGGAAACAAACAAGAUUGAUCAUCCUCAAUGCAUAGUAUGCCACUCACUUCUCAACAAUGAUGCCUUGAGACCUAGUCAUCUUGAGUGACAAAAGAACCACAGUGCUUUGAAAGACAAACCAAAAGAGUUUUUUGCUGAUAAACUUCAAAACUUAAAAUGCAUGAAGCUGGACAGUACUGGAGCUUUUUAUCAAGUGUCAGCCAAAGUGUAUACAUCUUAUGAACAGUUGUUGCCCAUCACUAAAGCCAAGAAAGUGCACAUUAUAGGAGAAACUCUCAUGAAGCCUUGCUUGUUAAAAGCAGCUGAUACCGUGCUUGGUGCUAAAACAGAAAAAAAAAAAUCAGAAAUUUCGCUUUCUGACAAUUCUGUGAAACUUUGCAUUGAUGACAUGGCAAAAGAUCUAAAACUUCAAAUUGUGGAGGCAGUGAAAGCUUCUCCUUUCUUUGCAAUUCAGUGCGACAAUAGCAUUGAUGUAGCACAAUACUGUCAGUUUCUCAUCUACAUUCGAUUCAUUAAUGACGGAAUUGUAAAAGAAGAAUUGCUUUUUUUGAAGGAAUUGAUGAUCACAUCAAAGGCUUCUGAUGUUAUGAAAACCGUUUCUGACUUUUUUUUUGAAAAUGGACUUUCAUGGGAAAAACUGGUUGGUGUCUGCACAGAUGGUGGUCCAGAAAUGCUUGGCUCUCACUCUGGAUUUGUGACAUGGGUGAAGAAAAAAAAUCCAGUUGUAACGAUGACUCACUGUAUCAUACACAGACAAGUCUUGGUUGCUAAAACCCUUCCAGAUGACUUAUGUGACUCAUUGAAUUUGGCCAUCAAAGUUGUCAAGUUUGUGAAGAACAGAGCUUUAAAUACGACACUUGUUGCAGCUCUGUGUGUGGAUUUGGGAGCGAAUCACAAAAUUAUUUUGUUUCACAUAGAGGUACAAUGGCUUUCCAAAGGGAACAUACUUUUGAGAUUAUUCAAACUGAAAGACGAAGUGGAAAUUUUCCUCAAGCAACAGAAAAAACAAGAGUUAUAUCGUGCGUUCACAAACCAAAUGUUUCAACUUCCAUUGGCAUACCUCGUGGACAUUUUUGAAUCUUUGAACAAUCUCAAUUUGAAGCUGCAAGGAAACAAUGCUGCAAACACUAUAGCGCACCAUGAUGCCAUCAAAGCAUUUACAGAAAAAAUAAAGAUUUGGAAAUGUCGAAUGCAAGCUCAGCUGCCUAACUUUUUGUCUUUUCUAACAUUUUCAUCACUCACUGACCUUUGUAAAGAGAAUCUGAAGAACAAAAUUUUGUUUCAUCUGGACUGCCUUGCUAAUGAAUUCACCCGCUAUUUUCCAGACAACUUUUCUUGCAACCCCAUUCAUAAAUUAGCACAUAAUCCAUUCAGCAUUGAUGUUGAUUCAUUGCCAGAAGUAUUGCAAGAACAAGCACUAGAAAUGAAAUAUGAUUCAAGGGUGACAGAUAUUUUCAAAAACUUAAGCCUGGAGGAAUUUUGGAUAAAAUAUUUCUCGAUUUACCCGGAAGAUGGAGAAGUGCUACGUAUUAUUCUUCCAUUUUCAUCAAAGUACCUCUCUGAAAAAAACUUUUCAAGUUUAGUUAUAAUAAAAACAAAACUGGAUGUCAAAAACGAUUUGAGUUGCGCACUUUCAUUUUUCAAACCUAGGAUUUCCCAACUCAUGAAGAAAAUGCAGCAACAUCCUUCACAUUAA